UUGUUUCUUAUUCCAGCUAUACUAUGGGAGACCAGACAAUAUCAAAACUUUCCAUAUAUUGCUCUUUCAAGGUCAUUAUCUUAUUACACAACCCAACCUAUAGGAUUGCAACAUGAUGUGUCUCAGAAGCCCUUUAUUAAGAAAUACAAUCCCUUGUGGGUGAGAUCAAUAUCCACUAGUAAGUAUUACUAUGAGAAGGAACCACUUAAACCAUCUUCAAAAGUCGAAGCCACCGUUGAGACAAUAAAGAAGGGGAUAGAAGAAAGUGAGAAGUUACCUAAAAAGGUGGAAAAGAAAAAAAGCCUCAAAGAAAGAAUUAUGGAUGAGUUGAGACAUUAUUAUCAUGGUUUCCGCCUUCUCUUUAUUGAAAUAAGAAUAUCAACAUCUUUGCUCUUCAAGAUUCUGAGAGGUCACUCGCUGACACGAAGGGAACACAGACUUUUGGUUACCACUAUAGGUGACCUGUUUAGAAUGGUCCCUUUUAUUGUUUUCAUUGUGGUGCCAUUUUUAGAAUUUGCUCUGCCAUUUUUCAUUAAAUUUUUCCCAAAUAUGUUACCGUCAACAUUUGAGAGUCGCAGUCAAAAAGAAGAUAAGCUCAAGCAACAUUUGAAAGUUAAAUUGGAAAUGGCGAAAUUCUUCCAAGAAACCUUAGAUCAGAUGGCACCGCAGGCUAGUAAUAGGCAUUCAGAGCUGGCAAAGGAGUUUUCAAGUUUCUUUAAUAGGAUAAGGACUUCAGGUGACGUGGCAACCAGUGAGGAAAUAAUGAAAUUUUCGAAACUAUUCGAAGACGAAAUCACAUUGGAUUCGCUGCAAAGACCUCAUUUGGUGGCUUUGUGUAAAGUGUUAAACGUAACCACUAUUGGUACAAGUGCUAUGUUGAGAUUCAAUUUGAGAAUGAAACUGAGAUCUUUGUCUGCCGAUGAUAAGAUGAUUGCCAAGGAAGGUGUUGAUAGUUUGAAUUUCAGCGAGUUGCAACAGGCUUGCCGAGCGAGAGGUAUGAGAGCAUAUGGUGUUUCUGAGGAGAGACUUCGGAAGGAAUUACAUAAUUGGUUGGAUCUGUCCUUAAAUGAGAGAGUACCACCAUCAUUACUUCUAUUGUCCAGAGCAUUAAUGGUUCCCGAACAUGUGCCGACAACAUACAAGUUGAAAGCGACCAUUUCCGCAUUGCCUGAGCAAGUUGCGACUCAAACUAAAGCUGCCAUCGGUGAAAAGGAAGGCAAAGUUGACUUCAAGGCUAAAGCAGAAGCUAUUAAACUUGAAGAGGAAAAGAUUAGGGAAGAGAAAAAGGAAAUGCAAGAAGCCGAGCUCGAGAAACAGAUGCUUGAGGCAAAGAAGAGGGAAAAAGAUGAACUUAAAGAUAAAGCACCGAUUAUUGAUGAUAAAAGUACUCCUGUUAUGGUGGACCCAGCACCAGUGUUAGCCGUCGACAUGCCUAAAAUAAAAUCCGAAGAAGGCUUGUCCGGCAAAGAUAUUGAAGUCAUUGAAGAUGCUUUAGAAAAAUUAGCUCAACAGAAGAAAUCUUUACUAUUAGAGAAAGAAAGUAUUCAAGAACUGAAAACAGAAUUGCUCGACUACAGCGAAGAUGUUAAGGAAAUGCAGGAAAUUGUAAAAACAAAACAGGCUGAUAUUAAACUAACAAAGGGUGCAAGGAGAUUAUACCGAGCAGUGAAUAACAUGAUCGGCAAACUCGAUGCAGCUCUCAUAGAACUCGAGAGCAAGGAGAAAGAAUUAAAGACUACGCUAGAACAGACCAAGCAUGAACCUAAAGUGGCUAAAGAACAAUUGAUUCAAAUCGAUGAACUCAUGCAUUCCAUAAAGAGUCUACAGAAAGUACCAGAUGAAGCCAAAUUGAAGCUCAUACAAGAUGUACUGGGACGGCUAGACGAUGACUUUGAUGGACAGCUGAAAAUUGAUGAUGUUUUGAAGAUGCUUGAAAUAAUCGGCAAUGAAAAUGUGAAUCUAUCGGAGAAACAGAUGCAGGAGUUGAUAGAACUCUUAGAUAAGGAAGAGAUAUUAGAAGUUGAGAGUAAAAUACAGAAGGCUUUAGUUAAAGCAGCCACUGCGGCUAAGGAACAGGAUAAAAGCAGCGAUUCUGAUGGAAAGAACCUGUUUGAUAUAAUCCGGGAAGCUCAGAAGAGACGGGAAUUGAAAAAAGCCGAAGAGAAAUUUGGUGAAGGUGGAACUAUACCGAAGACCGAUGAUGUUACAACACAAGAUAACAAACGGCCAGACAGCCCUUAA